UGGCAAAACGUCUAAACCCCCCAUUGUUGCGCUUUUGUUGCGGCGGCCUCGCGAUACCACCGCGCUCCGGGUCGCCCAUAUAUAUCUGGGUGUCCAAUUUUUUUUUUCUAUUCUUAUACUGUGUGACUUGUUUGGAAGAGCUAUCAGGGGGAAAAUGUCUCAGUACUCAGGAAAGAUCGUGUUCUACGAGGGGAAAUGUUUCACCGGGCGGAAACUGGAGGUCUGCGGGGACUGCGACAACUUCCAGGACCGAGGCUUCAUGAACAGGGUGAACUCUGUCCGUGUGGAGAGCGGGGCCUUCAUCUGCUUUGACCACCCGGACUUCAAGGGUCAGCAGUACAUCCUGGAGCACGGAGAGUACCCGGAGUUCCAGCGCUGGAAUGCCCACAACGAUCACAUGGGCUCCUGCAAGCCAAUCAGGAUGCACGGAGAGCACUACAGGAUGGAGCUGUUCGAUGGAGACAACUUCGGUGGCCAGUGCGUGGAGCUGUGCGAGGACUGUCCAUUUCUGCAGGCGCGAGGCCUGAGCAAGAAGUGCAUCAACUCUCUGAAGGUCUACGGAGACGGAGCCUGGGUGCUGUACGAGGAGCCCAACUACCGCGGCCGCAUGUACAUCGUGGAGCGAGGAAACUACUGCACCCACAUGGAGUGGCAGGCGGAGAACCCCAACAUCCAGUCUCUCCGCAGGGUGGCCAACUACUUCUGAAACCUUCCCCCCGUCACACGACCACGUGACCGGAGGACACACACUGUCACUAACUCCCCCUGACUCUGUGGGGCUGGAAAAUAAUAAAAAAGAUGGAAGAAAAUGUU